CGCGUUUAUACUCUAGUGUUGUUGCUCAGCCGGCAAAAUGGUGAAUUGGUGCUUCUUGUCGGAUCACGUUUUAGAGGUCAUAUUCUCGUACUUGGACGUGCACGACUUACGGAACUGUUCGUUAGUGUGUAAGACGUGGUACAGAUACUUGAAUGACGAGAACAACGACGUGUGGCGGCUGCAUUGCAUCAGAAAGCUAGCCGAGGAGGCUUUGAAAUCGGACUUAUUAGCAUCUGUUCCCACGUAUAAAGCCAAGUUAAGAGCAUUCUACCAUGCGUGGAACCCGAAUGAUUGCUCGAGAAACAUUUAUGUCAAGCCCAAUGGCUUUACGCUGCACAGAAACCCGGUGGCCCAGAGCACGGACGGAGCCAGAGGGAAGAUCGGGUUCAGGUCAGGUAGACAUGCAUGGGAAGUGGUGUGGGAAGGACCCCUUGGUACUGUGGCUGUAAUUGGCAUUGCAACAAAGGACGCGGCUGUGCAGUGCCCCGGGUAUGUGGCGUUGUUAGGCUCCGAUGAGCACUCCUGGGGGUGGAAUCUAGUCGACAAUCAUUUGUUACACAAUGGAGACUCCCAGGGGAAUUACCCCUUGUUGAACAAUGCACCAAAGUAUCAGGUACGUUUGCAGAGCCUGUGGUGAUAACAUGUUUGUGUAUAAAGUGUUGAGAUUUAACAAAAAUUGUGGUUUGAAGAUUUAUAUGGUAGUGGUUAGAAAUGGCGUCUAAUCUGUAGAGAUUUGAUAGACCUCCGUACAUGUAUUUUGAAUAAUAAUUUGAAGAAGGAAUUGACAGCUGAUAUUUAAACUGUUCUUUCACCCCUUUGCUGAACUUGAUUUGUGUGUUUUCAUUGUCGUUUUCAUGUUUCGGAAGUAUUUGAGCAUCUGUCACAGACCAUUUUACAGGGUAAUGUUUUAGAUUCAUACAGCCAUCGAACCUUGCAAUUAUAUUCCUAUUUUUUUUCAUAUUGUCAUAGUUUUCCUUCAUAAAUGAAGUACAAGGUAAAAUCUGCCUGUAAUGGACAGAAUGACACUUUUCAUCUAAAUUAUAACUUUUGAAAGUUAAUGAUUAAAAAGCUGUGCAAUAUAUAAUACUUUGGUAUAAAUGGUAUAGGUAAAGUUCUGACUAGCCGUCUUUAAACCGGAAAAAAAUAUAUGCAUGUGAUAGAGCAAAUAAAUCUAAGAAACUUAUCUUCUAUGAACUUCCGUCGCAAAUCAGAAAUAACGAAGUUAUUGGACACGCAAGUGUCACAGAGCCCCUGAUAGGAAAUAUAGUGAUCCAGUGGGGUCUGGGUGUAAAUCCCCCUAGUUAGAAAGUUUUUGGUUCAUAUGUUUGUGGAAUUCCCAGGAAUGGUUGGAGUAAUAGGAACUUAAUCUGCAUUCACUUUAUUAACAUUACCAAUACUUUCAUUUAUGUUAUUUGUGAUGGAAAAUAAUGAGUUUCACAUAAAUUACAAUAUAGAUGAUUGCAAGAAGGAUCAAUAAUUGCAAGAUUGGAUGGCCGCGUGAAACAAAAAAUUACCGCAAAUAAUAUAAAUUAAAAUAUUGGUUAUAGUGCAACCCUCUGACACUAAGGCCUCAUGACUUUGUGUCUCCACAUGAGGCUUUCCACCUGUAUUGCAUGCAUUCAGAAUGCCUCGGAGAUGAAGUUGUCAGCGACUGAUUUUGUUGUACUAAUUUCCAUCUUGAUCUUGUGCUGUGCAUCUGUAAUAAAAAGUUUAUAUAGAUAAGUAAAG